AUCACACCGAGCUAUUGUCAAGAUGCCGCAGAAACACAGAGUUGCCGUCGUUGGCUCCGGAAACUGGGGCUCGACGAUCGCCAAAAUCGUUGCGGAGAACACGAAAGCGCAUACCGAUGUCUUCGACGAAAAAGUCCAGAUGUGGGUGUUUGACGAAGAUGUCCAGGUUCCCGAGUCCUCGAAACACCGCAGCAAGUACGGCGAUAAAACCUACAAACUCACCCAGCUUAUCAACGAGACCCACGAGAAUAUCAAGUACCUGCCUAAUAUCCGAUUGCCCGAUAACCUCGUCGCAAACCCUGAUCUGCCGUCGACGGUUGACGGCGCAACGUUGCUGAUCUUCAACCUCCCGCAUCAGUUCAUUUCGAAGACACUGGAGCAGGUGCAAGGGAAAAUUGUGCCCUACGCGCGUGGGAUCUCGUGUAUUAAGGGUGUGGAUGUUUCGGACGCGACGGUUACGCUAUACUCGGAGUUGAUCAUGGAGAAACUGGCUAUCUAUUGCGGUUCUUUGUCGGGCGCCAACAUCGCGACGGAAGUAGCUGCGGAGAGAUUCUGCGAGACGACGAUCGGCUACGACCCUCCACCCAUGGAUCUGAAGUCUGACGAUGGAUCGCCCAAGGAUAACCUGGUCAAGGUCGACGAGCAACGGCAAGAUAAAACCAAGCCUACGCACGUCAAGCUACAACCCGUGCCCCAGGACUACCCUCAUGUCGAUGGUAAACUGUGGGACCUGCUGUUCUCGAGGCCGUACUUCAAGGUUCAUGUUGUGCCAGACGCAGCAGGUGUGUCCCUGGGCGGUGCAUUGAAGAACAUCGUGGCACUAGCGACGGGUUUCGUACAAGCCAAGGGAUGGGGAGAGAACACCAAGGCCGCCGUGCUCCGGCAGGGUGUGCUUGAAAUGGUCAAGUUCGGCCAAACCUGGUUCCCACAGUCUGUUGACGAGCGGACAUUUACCGUCGAAAGCGCCGGUGUCGCGGAUCUAGUGGCAUCCUGCACGGCUGGUAGAAACUUCCGCUCCGCUUGCCACGCCGUGGAGAAGGGGGUUUCUGUAGAGGAGAUUGAGAAGACGGAACUUAACGGUCAGAAACUACAAGGUCUUGGUACGGCCCAGUCGGUCUGGGAAUUUCUGUCGAAGCAUGGAAAGACCGAGGAGUUUCCUCUCUUCAAUGCGGUGCACGGCAUCAUCGAGGGUUCCUCAUCGGUGGACGAUCUGCCUAAGCUGCUACAAUGAGCUUCUCUAUACGGGCAUAGUAGAGCGAUGUGUAUAUUCUCCAGUUAAUGCAACUAAAUAAUCGU